UCUAAUCCUGUUCUACCUACAAAGGAAGUCUCAACACUACAUUUUAAAAAAUGGCAAAAUAUUUGGCUAUCGCAUUAAUCGUUGCUUUGUGCUUAAACAUGGUUUUGAGUAACCCAAUUCCAGAACCUGAAGAUCAAGAAGAAGGAAUUAUCAGACAGAAAAGGGUAACAUGUGAUCUUUUAAGUAUUGAAGCUAAAGGAAUCGCAAUUAAUCAUUCUGCUUGUGCUGCUCAUUGUCUUGUUUUACGUAAGAAAGGUGGAUCUUGUUCUAAUGGAGUUUGCGUUUGUAGAAAUUAAAAAUAAGAUUGCGUUUGAUUCAAUUUUAACACAAUAAAGAAUUUAACCAAAUUAAA